GGUUUUAUGAGUAUCAAAGUGUCUGAAGAGCUUGAUCAACCUCCACUCAAAUCAGUAGUCAACCAAUAAAGCUCAAGUGGCUUAUUAACAACCUCCGGCUGUUAAACGUCGGUAUCGGCAUAAUCUCUGUAAAUCUAUAGUACCAAGGCUCGGAUUCGUAUUCACAGUUCGGAUGAGCCAUCAUCCGUGCCCGCAAACUUACUUCUACAUCCCCAAAGCCCAGACCACAGUAGAAUCGACAAUACUUUUACAUAAAUACCUCACAGCUUUGCAAAUCAUCAAGCCAAAAUUCAUCAAACCAGAGUCAAACAAUCACCGACAUUUUCGAGCAAAAUCAUUUUAUAUCACAACUAAGCAACAUGGUUGACGGCAAAGGAUCUGGCAAGGUAGCCAUCGUGACGGGAUGCGCAAGUGGGAUGGGGCUCGAGACAACGCGGUUGUUUUUGAGCCAUCAGUAUAAGGUAUUGGGUGUCGAUGUGAGCGAGAUGGAUCAUGCUCUGUUGGAUAAGGAGAACCAGGAGAUGUUCCAAUUUCAUAGAGGAGAUCUGAGUAAAGAUGGAGAGUGCGAGGAACUCGUGAAAAUUUGUGUCGCUCGAUUUGGCGACACCAUUGACGUUCUGGCCAAUAUAGCUGGCGUAAUAGACUCGAUGGCUUCAGCGGACAAGGUCACGGACGAUGAUUGGGAUCGUAUCAUUGCAAUCAAUCUCACGGCUCCUACGAAACUAAUCAGGGCCGUUCUACCUUUCAUGAGAGCUAAGAAAAAUGGUGUCAUUAUAAAUUUAUGCAGUAAAGCUGCAUUGAGUGGUGCUGCGGCAGGAGUUGCUUAUACAGCUUCUAAGCAUGGAUUGCUGGGUGUGACCAAGAAUACUGCAUUCAGAUUUAGGGAUGAGGGUAUCAGAUGCAAUGCUAUUUGUCCCGGAGGUGUAAUGACCAACAUGGCCAGAUCAAUGAACAAAGAAACCAUGGAUCUAGAAGCGGCCGCUGUAUGGGGAUCAGUCCUCGCUUUGCACAUGAAGCCUGGCGAAAUGCCCCAUGUUACCGUUUCAGAAAUUGCUGAAGCAGUCUUGUUCCUUGCAAGCGAUGGAGCGAGGUCUAUCAACGGUGUUGCACUUCCCAUUGACAAUGCUUGGAGUACUAUCUAAUCAACUUGCAAUUUCUGUCUGGAGUUUGUUGGAAUUAACAGUCGAGGGGUAGGAUUCAGGAAAAAACUGUAUAAUAAACGCAUUGCUUGCCACUAAAUAAAUUGAGUUUGUUCUACGUCCUCGGUAUGGCUUACUUUCAUCAACCCUUUGGUCAAUACUCAAAGGAAAGCCAUUCUGCAACAAACUUCGGGGAUUUUUGUUCUUUGGUCAUGUAGUAUGCAUGCAUGUCCUGCCUAUCAAGGAUGCAGAACAUAUAUUUAUAGAUAGCAUGUUUUCUUAACAAUAAGUUCUUUGGUACCUCUUGACUUCUUGAAUGCGAUGUAUACA